CUGUUAUUUAUUUCCCCCUGCUUUAGUUUGUGGGUUUCUGUAGAGAUGUCAGAGACAAGAGCUGCAAAUAUAAGAGGAAAAAAAAAAAGAAAAGAAAAAAAAGCCAGUUUCCCUCCACAACCAGAAGUUACAGAGAGAUGCAGUCAUAAUAUGAACACUUGAACAGACAAUAAGAGAGAAAGAGAGAGAAAAGAGAGAGAGAGAAAGAGAGAGAGAGAGAGAGAGAAAGGUGGGCAUGCAGGACUAUAAUCAGAACCAUCAGUUUAUCCAUGGGUGAAGAUUCUGCAAGCUCAAAUGGUCUCUGAAAUAAAUAUACUAAGCAAUACUCAGAGGGCUCUAGUAAUAACCUAAACAGAGGAGCUUUCCCAUACUCUGCUUGGUUUCAUCAUCUUGCUUGCGCUUUGAGGUUCUUGGUUUUUUUUUUUUCUUAAUCUAUUUUAAGUAUGAGCGCCAGAAGUAUGUUUCCCUUCACAUCAGCUCAGUGGCAAGAGCUUGAACAUCAAGCUCUCAUCUUCAAAUACAUGGUUUCUGGCAUUCCUAUACCUCCUGAACUUCUCUUCAGUAUUAAAAGAAGUGCUUUGGAUUCUCCUUUCACUUCUAAGCUCUUCCCACACCAUCCUCAACCUGUUGGAUGGAACUAUUUGCAGAUGAGUUUGGGGAGGAAGAUAGACCCAGAGCCAGGGAGGUGUAGGAGAACUGAUGGGAAAAAAUGGAGAUGUUCAAAAGAGGCAUAUCCAGAUUCAAAAUACUGUGAGAGACACAUGCAUAGAGGAAAAAAUCGUUCAAGAAAGCCUGUGGAUGUUUUGAAAACAACAGCAACAAACGACAUAAACCACCUCUCAAAUCCAACAUUUUCUUCCUUAAACAGCAACUCAUCCUUACUCUCCUAUCGCCCCUUCCCGGCUCAUCAAAUAUCUUCAACUCCUAAUAAUGGGAAUGGUAUAUCAAUGAAAGACACCAAUACCCUCUUGCUUCUUGAACCUGGUUCUUAUUCCGACAAAAACCCAGAUUACAGAAGUAGGUACACUUGUGGGCUAAAAGAGGAAGUGAAUGAGAAAGUUUUCUUCUCACAAGAACCUUCUGAAGCUAUUGGGAGAGCUGAUUUCUCUGCUUCAUCCAUAGCUAGUUCAUUGCAACUGACACCACUAACGAUGAGUUCUUCUCUAUACCCAAAACAGAACAACAGCUCCUCUUUGCAGAGUGAUCAAUCCUCAUUUUAUCAGCUUCAUCAGAACCUCACAGAACCUUUGAAGCAACAAAAGAGAGACGAAUCGCAGAAGACUGUUCAUCGAUUCUUCGAUGAAUGGCCUCCAAAAGACAGAGGAUCAUGGCUUGAUUUCGCUGAUAAAUCAUCAAAUACUAGCUCAGUUUCCACCACUCGGCUCUCAAUUUCCAUUCCCACAGCUUCCAACGACUUCCCCAUUUUCAGAUCCAAAAACCCCUAGUGACACCUAAACCCAAACUCCCAAUUUUUUUUUUCUUUGAUCUUUUUCAUUCUCUAAAGUUAUUUUGCUCCUGUGCUUGAUCUCUCCAGGGUGACCCCAGCUGUUCCUAUUUGAAUUUUGUUUUGUUCCCAGGGAUGUACUUCCCUGCUGAGUUUUCACCCCUUCUUUUUUCUUAUGUAGGGUGUGGUUGAAUUGGGCCAUGGGUUGUUUAUUAAACGAAUGUUCCAUCUUUUUUUCGUGUACUUGUUGACUUUUCUGCAUCACUUCUUACGUAGGAGGUUUUUGAUCA